UUUAAUUUGUCGUCCGGUCGCUUCCGGUGUGGCGGUGCGUGAUGUGGCGUGUGUGCGGUGCUGACUGUUGGCGAAAUUAGCUGGCUGCAGCCAUUCAGGGACAUCUCUAACGGAGCACCGGAGUCCCCAGUGUAGUAAAUAUGGCUGCAGAGCUCUCCACAUCUAUAAACAUCAAGGAGCCCCGUUGGGACCAAAGCACUUUUGUGGGCCGCGCUAAGCAUUUUUUCACCGUCACGGACCCACGGAACGUCCUCCUCACCAAUGAACAGUUAGAACACGCCCACAAAAUCAUCACCGACUAUAGGAAAGGCGUCGUCUCCCCGGGCCUGACAGAAGAUGAACUGUGGCGAGCCAAAUACGUCUUUGACUCCGCUUUCCAUCCGGACACCGGCGAGAAGAUGAUCUUGAUUGGCCGCAUGUCAGCGCAGGUUCCGAUGAACAUGACCAUCACUGGAUGCAUGAUGACGUUUUACAAGACCACCCCAGCUGUGUUGUUCUGGCAGUGGAUCAACCAGUCUUUCAACGCAAUCGUCAACUACACCAACAGGAGCGGCGACGCUCCCAUCACGGUCAGUCAGCUUGGCACAGCGUAUGUUUCUGCCACUACGGGGGCAGUAGCCACCGCUCUAGGACUAAACGCACUAACAAAGCACGUCUCACCUCUGAUCGGACGCUUUGUUCCGUUUGCCGCUGUAGCCGCUGCAAACUGCAUCAACAUCCCACUGAUGAGGCAAAGGGAAUUGAAACACGGCAUCCCGAUAACGGAUGAGAACGACAACAGGAUAGGAGAGUCCACCAGAGCGGCGCAGCAGGCCAUCUCUCAGGUUGUAGUCUCAAGGAUCCUAAUGGCCUCUCCAGGAAUGGCCAUCCCACCCUUUUUAAUGAACCAUUUGGAGAAGAAGGCUUUUCUGAAGAGGUUCCCAUGGAUGAGUGCACCAAUUCAAGUCAGCCUGGUGGGAUUCUGCUUGGUGUUUGCCACCCCGCUGUGCUGUGCGUUGUUCCCCCAGAAGAGCUCUAUUUCGGUUAGUCGCCUGGAACCCGAGCUGCAAGAGAAGAUCCGGGCCGGCCAACCGGGCCUGGAGAGAGUCUACUUCAACAAGGGGCUAUGAGAGCCUGGCCCGCCCGUGUCCAAACGCCGCCAUGACCGGGUCGCUGGUCCUCCUCAUUCAGUGUGCCAAAGUUAAGUUUCCAUCUGCUCAUUUCACACGGACGCUCUUGCCUCUGUCCAUAGUGAAAAUGUGAUUUUUAUUUAACGGCCAUUUUUUGUCCGUGUGCAGUAUUUUAGAGUUUUUCCAGUUAAUUAUUCAAUGAUCUCUGGAGUUGUCAACAUUACCUCUGAAUGACCUCAACCUGCUGUUUCAUGACAUAUCCUCGCUAUCUUUAUUUUUGCCAAACAAGUGACCACUCAACAAGGCUUCUUCGUGUUUUUUUUUUUUUAAUUUUAAAUGACGGCGAGCAUUAAUGGACCAACACGGUGCUAUUUCAAUACCCUCACGAUCCGUUUUGCUCAUUUUAUUUAUUGUGCUUGAGACACACGCACCUGCAACCACUCCUCACAGCAUUCCGUAGUGCUUUUAUUCUUUUCAACAUUCUGUAUUUCAACACAUUAUGACAUAAUUUUCCAAACUGCAACAAGCGCCAGGCAUUAAUUAGGGACGAGAUCUUUAUUCUGGUGACCCAUUAGUAAAAUGGAUUUUUUUUUAAAUUAGAAUGUAUUUGUAGUGAUCAUGAAGGGAAAUAAAAUCAUACAUAAAGUAAAUAUACAAUUCUCCAAGCCAAUAUAGCAGCCCUUCUUAUUUUCCAUUCCCUAAUUCAUGUCCGGUCCGUGUUAUUUCUUUACAGAUGGUCUGUGUAUAUGUACAAAGUUCUUGAUCAAGAUUAGUAUUUGCUUGUCCACCAUGCUGUCGAUCGAAGACUGACUGAUAUUUAUUUUCUUUCUUCCAUUUUUUCCCUGUGUAACCCAUAUCAGUUAAUUUCAGCUGCGUUGUAACUUUUCCAAUCACUUCAGGUGUGAUGAGGGUAUAAAGUUGCCAUAGUACUGUGUCCAGAAACUUUGGAUACAGUAGCAAGGACACGACAUGACAAAGUGACUGUCAAAAACAACUACGAUGCCGGCACAAUUCCAACAUCUCACCGCCUCAAACAAGCAGAAAUAAAAUGGGGACUGUUCCAUUUAAUUUAAAAAAAAAAAAAAAAAAACCAAGUGAAAGCUUGUCUUAAUAAAGAUAAAAUAGCAUGGACUUUGCUGACUGAUAUCCAAACUAAGAUAUAUUUUAUAACUCCGUAUUGCUUAAAAUUCCCAUAUUUUAGGCUAUUCAGACCAUCAUAGUGAAUCUCUAACUUCUGUUUGACCCAGUUUUAUAUUUGCGUUGUCCAUAUUUGGCUAAUACCGCGUCCUUACUCUGAUUGGUUGCCUCCACAAGCGUACACGUGUUUCUGUUGACCUCUCCGAGAGGUAGCCAGUGAGCUUUGCUAGUGAUGUAGAUAAGCAUGAAAAUUUCUAAUCUGAUUUCAAGCUUCCCGUCAGAAAAACGUCUGGACGUCAGGAAUGCGUGGACGAUUUGAAUGAAUUUCUCACAUGUUUGGUGAGGCAACAGAGAAAUUAUUACAUCCCUGAAACUAGAGAGUUGGUUUGGCAAAAAACUGCACAUUUAAGAGCACUCAACUAAAUUGUAAACAUUGAAAAUUGUGAUUCUGCACUGUAUGUAACAUGCAUUUUGUAAUGCAGCUAAGUGGUAAAGUUUACCUUCAACCAAGUGUUCAGAAGAAACACAGCUAUACAAGUACCGGGCCGAAGUGAGAUCAGCUCUGCUGAUUCGUGAAAACCACAAUCUGUUUUUUUCCUUGACAAAGAUUCCCUUUUUCUCCCCUGAUUCAAAAUUGGUUCUGGUAAACAGUGAAAUAAGACUUCCUCUCUCACCUGCAAUAUUGUAAAGAUUCACCACUUUUUUUUUUUUUUUUUGGCAAUCGUGGCCACAUGGUUGUCCAGAGAUGUGUGGUGUCACGGAAAAAUUAUGACGAUGCCUAGAAUUGGACUGGAUUAUCGGCAUUAAGGUGGCUUUUUGUCAAGAUAUGCGAUUGGUUGAUGACUUGUCUAAAAGUGUAAGAUGUCUCUCACCCAAAGUCAUCUGGGACAGGCUCAAGUUAACGUGACGCUAAUGAGGAAAAGGGAUAGACAAAUGGAGGGCUGAACGAAGGUUUUGACAUUUUAGGCUGCUAACUAGUUAAAACUCUCUCCCAGUUGCAGUCAAGUAGUAUACACUGUACUUCCUUUAGCCUCAAAUGAUUCAAGACAUUAAUAUAAUCUACAAUCCAUUCCACACGGUUGAUCCAAUUCUUGAGUGAUUAUUCCCAUCCCUAAUAAUUACAAGCGUUCGUCUGAGCGGGGAAAGGAGCAGUCAAUUUCAAGUGUGACAUUUAUUCACAUGGGCUGGGUGAGGCCACUAUUUGAGGAAAUAUGCUAUCAGAAAUGUUCAUUUUAAAUAUGUCACGGCUUUUAAGUGAAAGAAGAUUAAAGUACAUCAUAGAAAGUGGUUUUAGAGAAGGGUACCUUUCAACAAUUCUGUUUUAUAAUGCUACAAUUUUAUUAUCCUAUUUUGUUGGAAUUUUGAGUUCUUAAUAGACCUGAGUAUUUGGAAAGUUGAUCAUAUACAAGGGUUUACGACAAAAUUGAACAUCACAGGGCACAAGGCAAGAUUAUUUACUCUCUUACUUUGCCGUUUUAAUUUAAUUGAUUUAUACAAAAGAAGUGUUUUCCAACAAAUAUUUACAUUACUUCUGGUUUUCAACAGCAUGGGUGUAAGUUAAUAAACUCAAGGGAGCAUAUUUAAUACACAAAUAAUAAGAAAGCGCCAUCUCGCCUACCUGGAUCAUGGUGGUCAUCUUAAUUUAGACAGCACAAGAUCCUGAAUCUGGCCAGAGAACCUGGUCACUUCUAAAAAUCAGGGAUGGCAAAAACAAAACACACCGGCACAAAAAUCACAAGCGAAAACCUUGAUUGAUAUUUUCUAUAGAGAGAUCAAGUGUUUAUGUCAAAUGUUCGUGAACAUUUCAUUUGUGAGACGCUCCAUUGCUCAUCAUGAUGGUGUGAUCACUGUAAAGAUGUUGAAUCGUCUCUGAAUCUACUAUUGGUGUUUUGUAUGAGUAAUUUGAUUUCAAGUGUUUCCAGCUGGUAGGAAGUGGCAUCUGUUUUUGUCGUCAAGGUGACCUGAAUGUAACGUUUUCCUGCUCCAGACAAGACUCAUUAGUCCACAAAAGCACAAUGUUGGAAUGCUGACAUGAAAUGCUGCACUUUUAUUUUAUUUUUUUUGUUACCCUUCAACCAACGUUGUUUAGUUCAUCUUUGACCAGCUGAGAGAGUAGCACAAAAUUCCCAUUUUAAUGUUUACUUGACUCUUCUUGUGUUGAUUUUCUCAACAUAAUUGUAUCCAAUGAGAGAUAAUCCCUCUUGAAUGCUGUACAUCUCAAAACUACUACACAAACUGGGGGAAACUGUUUAAAAGAAAAAAAAAAAA